GCUCCUGAUGGCCAUAUAUUUUUGGAAGCGUUUUCUCCAGUUUACAAAUACGCCCAGGACUUUCUGGUUGCCAUUGCUGAGCCUGUGUGCAGACCCACUCAUAUUCACGAGUACAAGCUGACUGCUUACUCCCUAUAUGCUGCUGUGAGUGUGGGCUUACAGACAAGUGACAUCACCGAGUAUUUGCAGAAACUCAGCAAGACUGGUGUCCCAGAUGGAAUAAUUCAGUUUAUCAAGCUGUGCACCGUCAGCUAUGGGAAGGUGAAGUUGGUUCUGAAACAUAACAGGUAUUUUGUGGAAAGCACCCACCCUGAUGUCAUUCAGCAGCUUCUGCAAGACCAUGUAAUUAAAGAAUGUCGUCUGAGAAAUGCUGAAGGUGAAGAGACAGAGCUCAUUACGGAGACAUUCACAAGUAAAUCAGCGAUUUCUAAAUCCAGUGAAGCUGGCCUUGGUCCAUCAACUUCACAGGGAACAGAUGCUCAGAAUAAGCCAGACGUCCCAGCUGACUUAUUUGAGUUUUAUGAACAGAUGGACAAAGAUGAGGAGGAGGAGGAGGAAACGCAGACAGUGUCUUUUGAAGUCAAGCAGGAGAUGAUUGAAGAACUUCAGAAGCGUUGUAUCCAUUUGGAGUACCCCUUACUGGCAGAAUAUGAUUUCAGAAAUGAUUCUGUGAAUCCUGAUAUUAAUAUAGAUUUGAAACCUACUGCAGUUCUCAGACCCUAUCAAGAGAAAAGCCUAAGAAAGAUGUUUGGGAAUGGACGAGCCAGGUCUGGAGUUAUUGUCUUGCCAUGUGGUGCUGGCAAGUCUCUGGUGGGAGUGACAGCUGCAUGCACUGUGCGCAAGCGGUGCCUGGUGCUCGGGAAUUCCGCCGUGUCUGUGGAGCAGUGGAAGGCCCAGUUCAAGAUGUGGUCCACCAUCGAUGACAGCCAGAUCUGUCGCUUCACAUCUGAUGCCAAAGACAAGCCCAUUGGCUGUUCUGUUGCCAUCAGCACAUACUCCAUGUUGGGGCACACGACAAAAAGGUCUUGGGAAGCAGAACGAGUAAUGGAGUGGCUUAAAAGUCAAGAGUGGGGCCUUAUGAUACUGGAUGAAGUCCAUACUAUCCCUGCAAAAAUGUUCAGACGUGUGCUCACUAUUGUACAAGCUCACUGUAAACUGGGGCUGACUGCUACCCUGGUCAGAGAAGAUGAUAAAAUUGUUGACCUGAACUUCCUGAUUGGACCAAAGCUCUAUGAAGCCAACUGGAUGGAGCUGCAGAACAGUGGCUACAUUGCUAAAGUCCAGUGUGCUGAGGUCUGGUGCCCAAUGUCACCUGAAUUUUACAGAGAAUAUGUAGCAAUUAAAACCAAGAAGAGGAUACUGCUCUACACCAUGAACCCAAAUAAAUUCAGAGCCUGUCAGUUUCUGAUUAAGUUUCAUGAGCGACGGAAUGAUAAAAUCAUCGUCUUUGCUGACAAUGUGUUUGCACUGAAGGAAUAUGCAGUCAGACUUGGGAAACCCUAUAUCUAUGGUCCUACUGCACAAGGCGAAAGAAUGCAAAUUCUACAAAACUUCAAGCACAAUCCAAAAAUCAACACUAUUUUCAUCUCCAAGGUAGGGGACACAUCCUUCGAUCUGCCGGAAGCCAAUGUUCUCAUUCAGAUCUCAUCCCAUGGUGGGUCACGAAGGCAGGAGGCUCAAAGACUGGGACGAGUGCUGAGAGCCAAAAAAGGCAUGGUGGCAGAGGAAUACAAUGCCUUUUUUUAUUCCCUUGUAUCCCAAGACACUCAGGAAAUGGCAUAUUCAACAAAACGGCAACGGUUUCUCGUAGAUCAAGGUUAUAGCUUCAAGGUAAUCACAAAGCUGGCAGGCAUGGAAGAAGAAGAACUUUCAUUUUCAACCAAAGAAGAACAACAGCAGCUUCUCCAGAAAGUCCUGCAAGCAUCUGACCUGGAUGCUGAGGAGGAAGUAGUUGCUGGAGAAUAUGGUUCAAAGUCAGCUCAGGUGUCCCGUCGUACAGGCACCAUGAGCUCCAUGUCCGGAGCAGAUGACACGGUUUACAUGGAAUACCACUCCUCACGGAGCAAGGCUUCUUCUAACAAACACAUCCACCCCCUGUUCAAACGCUUCCGGAAGUGACAUCCUUCACAUGGGCGUCUUGUUGAAACUGUGGGUGCAUGUACCUGUUCCUGGAACUGAAAAGAUGGAGUUGAAAUUUAUGACAGGUCCUUUAAAAGGCUCUUUUAUAUGCAUCUGUAUAGCCACAUAUUUACUUAUCAAUGUAUGUGCUCUCAUAGGUGAAUGGAAAAGCAAGGAAGGAACUAAAUCUUACCAUGAAAAUAUUUUUAGGAACUUUAAGAUACAAAUAUGUCACAGCACAUACUUUUUUUAUGUGUGGCACUGUGCUCCUUGUCUUAUGCCCUCAUUUCCUCAUGACCAGAGGGCAGAAGGAUACAGGCCACUUCAUUCAAGAGAAAUACUUGUCUGGUUUUCAGGGUAAUUAAUAGAUUUUAUUUUUAUCAGCUGAAGAUCCUUUUUCAGAAGAGUCCUGAAAAGGUUUUGUAAAUGAAGUUUGUACUGGUGUUCGAAAUAUUGUUUAUCUGAUUCUUGUGUUUGCUCAACAACAUACUGUUUUUCAAAAUGCUCAAAUAAAAUCAUUCAGUAAGCAGAACAAA